ACUGACAUAAUACUCAGACCUUGUACUCAGACUGCAGCAAGAAUGUCCGGCAAAGCAGCGUCCAGCAUUGAUGACAUUAACCUGGAUGCGUUGGUACUGGAGGAGGGCAUACGGGAUGCGCCCGUUUGCAUCAUUGUGCUCGGCAUGGCCGGCUCCGGGAAGACAACAUUCACACGGAGCCUGAUCGAGCAUGCCCAGGCGAAGUUCAAUCCGUACGUGGUGAAUCUGGAUCCGGCGUGCCGGGAAGUUCCGUAUGCGGCGCACAUCGACAUACGCGACACAGUCAACUACAAGGAGGUGAUGAAACAGUAUCAGCUGGGUCCCAAUGGCGGCAUCGUAACUGCUCUGAAUAUGUUCACAACCAAGAUGCCCAAGUUUGUGGAGCUGGUGCGUCGUGCCGGCGAACGUGGUCACAAGUGGUGCAUCAUCGAUACACCGGGGCAAAUUGAGGUGUUCAAUUGGUCAGCAUCUGGGAGCAUUAUCACCGAGGGACUGGCGACCAUGUUUCCCACAAUUGUGGUCUAUGUGAUGGAUGUGGUGCGCUCUGCUUGUCCCACCACAUUCAUGUCCAACAUGCUCUACGCCUGCUCCAUCCUGUACAAGACGCGUUUGCCCUUCCUGGUGGCGCUCAACAAGAUUGACAUAAAGGAUUGCAGCUUUGUGCAAGAGUGGAUGACAGACUUUGAGGUGUUCCAGGAUGCGCUCGAGGAGGAGCACAGCUAUGUCAAUAAUCUGACGCGCACCAUGUCCCUAACGCUGGACACCUUCUACGAGCAUCUUAUUACUUGCGGCGUCUCAGCCAAAACGGGCGUCGGCUAUGGCCCACUAAUGAGCCGCAUCCUCGACUGUGUCGCCGAAUAUGAGCAGGACUACAAGCCCGUCUAUGAGAAGAUGCGGCUGCAGCGCCUCGCCGAGCAGCAGGUAAAGUCACAGCCAGCAGCACACAUUGACGCAGCGGGCACAGCGGUGCCCAUGGGCCUGGAUCUGAAUGAUCCGCCAAGCAAUACGGACAACAGUAUAUUCCUCAUGGCGCCGACUAUUGUGCCACAGCAAAUGGAUGCAGAUGAGGAGAUCGAAAGCGAUGCAAAAUCCAAAGCAGAGGAACAGAAUUUUCAGAGUUUCGUACAAGAUCAUUUGAAUGCCCAGCAAAUUAAACGCGAUAGACUGGAAAGGAAUCAGCAGCAGCAGGAAUCGAAGUGAUUAAAGCAAAUUCUUAUCAAUUAUAUUUUUAAGCUGAAAAUGAGAAAACACUUUACAAAUAUAUGUUUAUACUAGAAAGUGUUUCAUGGAGCUGCACUGUCGGGUUAAUUUUGAGUUGGCAGACGAUCGGAUUAUUUUUAAUAUUAUUAUUUGGGGGCUUUAUGGUCUGCACUCUUUUAUAUAUAUAUUGUGGCUUCUAAAGUUAUAGCUUUUCCAUCAAUCCUAAUUUCUGCAGGAAUGUGAGAAUUCUUUAUAUUUCUUUGUCUAUUUUCUUCGAAAUUAAAACAUGUUUUUCUAGGUUACAAACACUUUUCGUUUGC